AUUUUAAUACAUUAUGUAAUAAGGCCUUAUUCUAAAGGGAAGUGGUCUGAAUACUUUCCGACUGCACUGUAGCUAGAACCAGGCUGUAUCACAUCCAGCUGCGAUUGGGAGUCCCAUAGGGCAGCACACAAUUGGCCCAGCGUCUUCCAUGUUUGGCCGGUGUAAGCCGUCAUUGGAAAUAUGAAUUUAUCUGACUUGCCUAGUUAAAUAAAGGAUGAGUUCUACUGCUGUAAACGAUGAGAAUCGUGGGGUCUGCACUGGAAGAAAGCAGAGCAAUUCAGAGACAAUUUGUGACAUCUUUUCUUUUGAUCAGCCGACUGGGAGGCCCUCCAUUCUUCGCCAGUCUCAGGCAGAGAACCUGUCAAACAAAACUAUAGCAAAGGGUGGAAAGGUUUGUUUUCAGACUCCAAGAAGAGACCCUCUCACUAAGAGAAUAGUAUCACCAACAAAGUCCCUUAAGAUAGAAAGCCUGGAUGACUGUAGUAAAGCCCUGGAUACAAUACAUUUUACAUCACCUGAAGAGGUGGUACCUCUAGAAACCAAUGGGCUUGUUGAUGUAGCAAAAUCAGACUUCACAGAUGAUAUGCAGAGUAAAGGAGGUUGUCAGCUGUAUUUUGACAACCUUGAUGCCAUCAAUCCCUUCCAAGGGUCUACUAAAAUGGUCCUCUCCCCAGCAAGGCUCAGUGAGCGAGUUGAAACUCCCAAGGCUGAAGGACAGCGUGAACGUAAUGUCAUUGAAGCAGUUUCUGACAGGAAUGUAAAGGCACUGGAUGAUACACUCCCGUUCAUGCCAUCAGUGGAAAAUUCUCUUGCUGACUUCUCAGCCGAUAUGUGCUCAACAGAUAGCAGGGUGAUUAACAUGAUGGACCCAGCCGACAAGUUAUCCAACUCUGGUGAGGAAGAAACUGUACCAUCAUUUAACCUCGACCCAGAUCAAGCUGUGGCUAUCAUCUCUACAGCCGAGGAGACUCCUCUGCCACCAAAAGGUACAUAUGAAUUUGAUUUUGACAACCUUGAUUCAGUCAACCCUUUCCAAACGGGAGGCUCCAAAUUGCAGAAUUCCCCUAUGCUUGGAAGGAAGCAGCCAUGCGAUAACCCUGAAAAGGUGGAAGUUGAAGAGCCUGCAGUAAAGGAAAUGGAACCAGCAGCCAUGCUUGAGGUGGUUCAUUCUGUCCUAGAAGCACCUGUCCAGACAGAAAUUAAACCUAUUGCACCGAAGGAGACUUCCAAGCCAGCUGAAGAUGCUGUCGCCAUCACCUCUACAGCCGAGGAGACUGCUCUGCCGCCAAAAGGUACAUAUGAAUUUGAUUUUGACAACCUUGAUUCAGUCAACCCUUUCCAAACGGGAGGCUCCAAAUUGCAGAAUUCCCCUAUGCUUGGAAGGAAGCAGCCAUGCGAUGACCCUGAAAAGGUGGAAGUUGAAGAGCCUGCAGUAAAGGAAAUGGAACCAGCAGCCAUGCUUGAGGUGGUUCAUUCUGUCCUAGAAGCACCUGUCCAGACAGAAAUUAAACCUAUUGCACCGAAGGAGACUUCCAAGCCAGCUGAAGAUGCUGUGGCCUUCACCUCUACAGCUGAGGAGACUGCUCUGCCGCCAAAAGGUACAUAUGAAUUUGAUUUUGACAACCUUGAUUCAGUCAACCCUUUCCAAACGGGAGGCUCCAAAUUGCAGAAUUCCCCUGUGCUUGGAAGGAAGCGGCCAUGCGAUGACCCUGAAAAGGUGGAAGUUGAAGAGCCUGCAGCCAUGCUUGAGGUGGUUCAGCCUGUCCUAGAGGCACCUGUCCAGCCAGAGAUUAACCCUAUUGCACCAUUGUCAACUGCUCCCGACGAGACCAGCAAGCCAUCUGAAGAAUCCAUACCUCAGCCCAGUGCAGCCCCUUCCAAGGAUGGUGCAGUGAAACUUGAGUUAAAUUUUGAUGAUGACGGCGAGGUCAACCCUCCCCCCAAAAAGUUUGACAAAAGGCCUGUUUUGAAGCCGACAUGGCAAAAGGCUGUACCUACAGAAAAAAAAGAACCUGCUCAAUCCAGGGAAUCUCCAGUGAGGCCAUUGGUCAAUACUGAUUAUGAAAUUCCUCUUCCCAAGGGCAAGUACAACUUUGACUUUGAUAAAUUUGACCCAAGUGUCAAUCCAUUUGGGACAAAUGUAAAAAUGACUGAAUCUACAGUCUGUAAGGUGAAAUCCAGUCCAGAUGCCAAGGCACCAACCUCAGUCAGGGUGGCUGUUUACCCUGAGAAAGUGGCAGAGCCUGUUCAGCAAGAAACUGCACCAUCACUAAUUGUUUCUAUUGCUGGAUAUGAACCUGAUCGUUCUGCCGUAAAAGGAAUUGACAACAUUCCACAGAAUCUGAUGCUUCAGAUGGACUCUUCUGAAGUUCAGGAUCCUUCCUCUGGAAAAGAUCAGGAACCUCCAACAAAACCUGACCAACCUUCAUUAAGCACUCCAGAACCCUUGGAACUCUGCCAAUUUGAACAGACCCCACAGAAUGACAUGUCAGAAUUUAAUGAGGACUUUGUUCCUGGAACCACAUUCAUGGCGAAUGACUUUGACAGGCAGAUGGACUACCUGGAGCAGUUUGGGUCCAGCAAUUUUAAGGAGUCGGCACUAAGAAAACAAUCACUGUACCUCAAAUUUGACCCACUAAUGCGGGAGAGCCCCAAUAAGUCUGGAGUCCGUGCAGGACUCAACAACCUCUCACGACCUGCUCCCUUUGCUUCACGUGUGGAGACCCAGAAGACUGGAACCGAUGAGGUUAAUGGACUGAAAUCUGUCAACCCUAAACUGCUUCAUGACCUACCACCUGUUCAAGUUGUUGGUCCUCGGACUCUUGUGACAAAUUCCCCUGUUCUUGAGAAUCUGGUACCUACUUUCCCCCAACCAGCCAACCCUGAUGAUAACAUCAUAGAGGUGCUGAAAUACAGUCAGCAAGACAUGAAUGUUGCCAUUGCCAAGAUCCAGAUACAAGCAAAGGAGAAUGCGGAUGAAUGGAAAUCGAAGCAUGACACGCUAUCUCAGGAUAAUCAUGAAAUGGGGAAAAUAAUGUCAGCAUUUGAAGCCACAAUCGCUCAGAUAUUGGCUGAUAAACAGAGGGAGAUGGAGAAGGCCCAGGCUGACAUCACUAAAGUCCUGCAGGAGAAGGAACAGUUAUCAGAGGACCUGAAUGCAAUGGAGCGGUCCUUCUCAGAUCUCUUCAAGAGACUAGACAAAUACAAAGAGGUCAUCGAGGGUUACAUAAAGAAUGAAGAGAUGCUGAAGAAAUGUGCUCAAGAUUACCUGGCUAGGAUCAAGGAGGAGGAGCAGCGCUACCAGGCCCUGAAAGCUCAUGCAGAGCAGAAAAUUGGCCUGGCAAAUGGAGAGAUUGCGGAGGUGCGCUCCAAAUUAAAGUCCGAAGUCGCUGCACUUCAGGCCCAGCUGCGCAGGGAGCAGCUAAAGGCCCAGUCACUGGAGAAGAGCCUUGACCAGAAAGUAAAAGAGACUGAAGAACUCACCAACCUUUGCGAUGAACUAAUAGCUAAAGUCCAGAAGGGCUGAGUUCAACCGUAUGUCUGUCUGUCGUUACUCAAAUUUGUAAAAAAAAAAAAAAAAAAAUAUUGAGCUAUGUGGUGGUCCUGAUGAACAAGUGUGUGAAUAGUGCUUUGUAAAUAUGUUUUGUCGCUCUUGAUUGGAGAUCAAGUGCCAUAAUGCUAUUUCACUAGAUUUCAAUUCUACUGAUUCAUUUUGGUUCCUUUUAUCAAUUUCGGGUCUUUAUUACUGUAAUAAAAUUGUUUCACUAA